AUGGAUCUCGUCAACCACCUCGAAGGCCGUCUCCUUUUCGCCGUUCCCAAGAAAGGACGUCUGCAACAAGCAACUCUGGACCUUCUCUCCGGCUCCGACGUCCAAUUCCGCCGCGAAACCCGCCUCGACAUCGCGCUGGUGAAGAACUUGCCCAUUGCGCUGAUCUUCCUACCCGCCGCCGACAUCCCAACCUUCGUUGGCGAGGGCCGCGUUGACCUCGGUAUCACCGGCCGCGACCAGGUCGCCGAGCACGAUGCCACCUUACCCGCUGGCGAAGUCUCCGGCGUGGAGGAGAUCCUCGAUCUCGGCUUCGGCGGCUGCAAGCUGCAGGUUCAGGUCCCUGAGAAGGGCGACAUGACCGAGGCGAAGCAGCUCGUUGGCCGCAACGUCGUGACCAGCUUCACUGCGCUCACUGAGCAGUUCUUCCGUCAGCUUGAGGGUGUCGAGGCUGGCCAGAAGCUCAGCACUAAGAUUAAGUAUGUUGGCGGUAGUGUCGAGGCUGCUUGCGCUCUCGGUGUUGCGGAUGGUAUUGUCGAUCUUGUUGAAUCCGGUGAGACCAUGAAGGCCGCCGGCCUCAAGGCUAUUGACACCGUCGUCUCGAGUACCGCCGUGCUGGUCAAGGCCCGCGAAUCCAACAGCGACAUCCUCACCCUCCUCACCUCUCGUAUUCGUGGCGUCAUCACCGCCCAGAAGUUUGUUCUCUGCCAGUACAACAUCCCCCGUACUCAGCUGCCCAUCGCCUCCAAGAUCACCCCCGGCAAGCGCGCACCUACUAUCACUGCUCUUGAGGAGGAGAACUGGGUUGCUGUCAGCUCGAUGGUUGAGAAGAAGCGCAUUGCUACAGUAAUGGAUGAGCUGACCAAGGUUGGCGCUACUGAUAUCUUGGUGAUGAACAUUGCCAACUCUCGCACGGAUUAA